AUGAGAGCUGUGGUGUGGAACUGUCGAGGUGUGGGGAGUUCCUUGACAGUUCCCCAGCUAAAGGAGUCUAUCAAACUCCACUCUCCAUCUUUGGUGUUUUUAGCAGAAACAAAAAAGAAAAAAAGUUAUUUGAAUACUGUGAAGCAAAGGACACAAUUUGAUCACCUUUUUGUUGUUGAUCCUGUGGGAUUGGCAGGGGGCCUGGCUGUGAUAUGGAAGAAGGAACUUCUGGUUAAAAAAGUGCUAUUUUCAAGUUUUACCAUCGAAUUGCUAAUAGAUGAUAAGGAAGCUGAGGUAGAGUGGUGGUGUGUCUGUGUGUAUGCUAGUACAGAUGUUAGGAUUAGGAGGGAACAGUGGAAGGUAAUAGCCAGGAGAAGUUGUCUGUGGGAGGAUGCUUGGGCCAUUAUGGGUGAUCUGAAUGACAUUACUUCUAAUGCUGAAAAGUGGGGGGGGAGGCUCAGGUCUGAAGCGAGUUUUCUGGAUUUUAAUGCUUUCAUCAAUGAAAAUGAGUUACAGGAUAUUGGGUUUGAAGGGGUUCCCUGGACCUGGUGUAAUAAUUGGGGCAGUGAGGGAGAGGUUAAAGAAAGGAUUGAUAGAAUCCUGGGAAGUAGAGGCUGGAUAAGGAGGUUUGAGAAAGCUAAAUGUAUCCAUGUGGAAUCUAAGGCGUCUGAUCACUGUUUAUUGGUGUUGGAUACUAAACCAGUUGAGAGGAGGUGGAGAAGGAGGUUUAUGUUUGAUAGGAGAUGGUUGAGGCAAAGGGAUGUUGGGGAGGUGGUUGAAAAGGCAUGGGGAGAACACCAGGAGGGAUCUAGGAUGUUUAAGGUGAAGGGGGAAAUACAGGAGGUUAAAGAGAUAAAGAGUGAGGGGUAUAGGAUCAAGUUAGCUAAUCUGAAGAGGCAGUUGGCUGAGGUGUCUGGCAGUAGGAGGUGGAACAGGAUUGGUGUGUUGAAGGGUAGGUUUGGUGAUUGGUGUAAAAGUGAAGAGGAGACAUGUCAGGAGAUAUCAGAUUAUUUCCAGCAAAUUUUUACUACACAGAAUCCUGAGGAUUUUGCUGAGAUUCUUGAGUGUGUUCCACAGACCAUCACUGAGGAGAUGAAUAUGGAGCUUACCAGGAAUGUCUCAGAGCAAGAAAUCAGUAAAGCAGUUUUCUCGAUGCAUCCACACAAGUCUCCAGGACCUGAUGGUAUGUCUCCAAUCUUUUUUCAAAAAUUUUGGCCUAUUCUUAAGUCUGAUAUUGUCUGUGCUGUUAACAGUUUUUUCCAUUCUGGCCACUUGCUCAAAUCUGUUAAUGAGACUCUUAUUAGUCUGAUUCCUAAAUCAAAUACUGCUAGUUCCAUUUACGAUUUUAGAUCUAUAAGUUUGUGUAAUGUCCUUUACAAAAUCAUUUCCAAAGUUCUUACUAACAGGUUCAAAUAUGUCUUGAGUGCAUGCAUUAGUAGUUCUCAGUCUGUUUUUGUUCCUGGGAGGCAGAUUUUGGAUAAUGUUCUGAUAGCUCAUGAGUGCAUUCACUUUUUGAAAAAUAAGAGGGUGGGCAGGGAAGGCUAUAUGGCGAUCAAAUUAGAUAUGUCAAAAGCUUAUAAUAGGGUAGAAUGGAAAUUUUUGGCAAAAAUGAUGAUGAAAAUGGAAUUCUGUCCUAAGUGGAUUCAGUGGGUGCUGGAAUGUGUCUCUAGUGUUACCUACUCCAUUAAUUUCAAUGGUGAGAAGAGGGGGUAUAUCAAACCAACAAGAGGGCUGAGGCAGGGGGACCCUCUUUCUCCUUAUUUGUUUCUGAUCUGUGCUAAAGAAAGCAAGGUUGCAGGGCAGAUUAUGAGAAUUCUGGAGGUAUAUAAACAAGCUUCUGGUCAAGUAGUGAAUAUAGAGAAAUCCUCUCUAUUCUUUAGUAAAAAUAUAGGUAGUAGACUGAAGGAUCGAAUUAUGGGGAAACUUAUGGGAAUGAGGCUUGCUACUCAUAGCAGAUAUCUGGGGUUGCCUCUACCCAUUGGAAGAUCAAAAAGGCAUGCAUUCGAGUUUAUUAGGAAUAAAACACUGGAAAGGUUGCAUGGUUGGAAGGAGAGGUUAUUGAGUCAGGCAGGAAAAGAGGUUUUGCUUAAAUCUGUGAUCAUGGCCCUUCCUACGUAUGUCAUGUCUUGUUGUUUGUUGCCAAAGGAUUUGUGCAGAAGAAUUUGCUCAGAGAUGGCUAAGUUUUGGUGGGGGCAGAAAGGGAAUGAACAGAAGUUACAUUGGCUAUGCUGCGGAAAAUUAUCAGAAGUGAAAGCAGAAGGAGGCCUUGGUUUCAGGGAUCUCCAUGAGUUUAAUCUGGCUUUGCUAGUAAAACAACUAUGGAGGAUUGUAACCAGGCCUAAUCUGUUGGUGAGUCAGGUUAUCAAAGCCAGGUACUUCAAGGGGGCCUUUCUAUGGAUGAUGGAAAGCACUGGCACUGACUCAUGGUGCUGGAAAAGCUUACUAAGGGCAAGGGAAAUUUUAGAGGUUGGACUAAGGAAGAGAGUGAGAGAUGGAAAAUCUAUCAGUAUUUGGGAGGAUAGAUGGCUUCCUAAUUCAGCAGAUGGGAAAGUUAAAACUAAAAGAAAGGAGGGGUUGGGUAUAUCCAGUGUGUGUGAGCUUAUUCAGGAAGGGAGGUGGAGGAAGGAGUUGAUUGUGCAGAUGUUUGAGGAGCAGGAAGGGAAGGAAAUACUGCGGAUUCCAUUGAGUGUAUAUGGAAGGAAGGAUUCUGUAUAUUGGAGUCAGUCCAGCUCUGGGGAGUACACAGUAAAAUCUGGCUAUAGGUUUGCAAGAGGUCUUAGUGGGAAGAGGGAUAUUGGGGGGAUGGGGGCUGAAUCAAGCAGUAGGAGGAGGUGUACUUCACAGGGUUGGAAUUUUCUUUGGGGGCUAAAAGUUAAGCAUAAGCUGAAGCAUUUCAUAUGGAAGUGUUUACAGGGGAUUUUGCCAGUGAAUGCUGUUAUCAAUGAAAGAUGUGCUAAAAGGGACUCUGUCUGUAAAUGUUGUGGGGAGUAUCCGGAAACUAUUGAACAUCUACUUUUUUUCUGUGAAAAUGCUAUGGCAAUCUGGAAGGCAGCACCUGUAAGCUGGGUGGGAUUGGAGUAUUUGAGGAACAAUUUUGGGCACUGGAAUAGGAGGCAGUUCGAGGACAAAGGAAUGGAUCCAAUGACAGUAGUAAGUAAAGCAACAAGGGAGUGGAGGGAGUUUCAGGAGGCACAGGGCGUGGAUGGGGAUAAUAGUAGUCAUAUGACCUGUGGAAAGGAGGGGAUGGGGGGCUGGAAGGAACCUGAGGGGGGAUGGGUUAAAUUUAACUCUGAUGCAGCUGUGCAGCAGAAGACUGAAAGAGCUGGUUGGGGGAUGAUUGCCAGGGGCUGUCUUGGAAACGCCUUGGGUGCUUGGGCUGUGCCUAACACAAGUUGCUCUAGUGCGAAACAGGAGGAAGCUUUGGCCUUAAGAGCUGCUAUGCUGAUGGCAAAACAGCAGGGUUGGAGAAGGGUGGUGUUUGAAUCAGAUUGCAAGCAUCUAAUAGAUAGCAUAAAUAGGGGGGAUGGGGAUUCUGAUAUAGCAACUAUUUUGUUAGAUAUUGAUAGUUUAAAGUCUAACUUCUACAAAUGUUGUUUUUCCUUCACAAGGAGGAUGAACAACUCUGUUAGUCACUCCUUGGCAAAACUAGCCUUAAGUUUGGAUGAUCCUGCUGAAUGGAAGGUGAUUUUCCCAGCUUGGCUGCUUGAAUUGCUUCAAGCAGAUUGUUGGGGCAGUUGCUCCAUUAGUGUGUAA